UUGGAUGUCAUUCAGAAUAAUGACACCCGAUCAUUAUUUUGACAGUUGCGCUUUGUGAGAGGUAGGAAGUACACCAGAUGUGGUGAACCGAAGCAAGAGCUCGAGUACAGCAUGAUACGAUUGGUUACACACAUGGCAAAAAAUGCACAUGUUUACGUGGAGAUGGGCAAAAAUUAUGCAAACAGUAGUGAAGCGGUUUUCAAUGCUAUCUACGUCACCUUUGCAAUAAGAUUUGGAUUUUUGUUCGCAAAAUGGUCGGAAGUCACAUUUGCCCAGCCUUUUUGAAACCCCAGUGGCCGGCACUGGGUUGUUAGGAUUCCAUACCAAUCUCUCGUUUUCCAUGGCAACGACGUCUCCGGCACUCCCUUUCCAAGAUCGCGUUCUCAAACUUGUCAAGAACCCUCAAUUUGCUUGGUUUCUAGGACACGUCGCCGUCUUGGCUGGCACCUUAUUCUACCUUAUUUCGCUCAUUACCUUCAAAAGUAACUCACGUGCAUACUCAGUCGCCUUCAUUGGUGCCUUAGUUUCUUAUGGUGUAGUUGUCUAUAAAUCUCUCGGCAUGCCACAAGCCAACGCUCAGUACUUGCAAAAGCUUAUGCUCGAUGAGAAUUUUCAGUACUUUAUGCUCGCAUUCUACUGGUAUUGCAAUAAGCCCAUUACAGUUACACUGGUUCCAUUCGCCACCUACUCGGUUUUUCAUGCCUCCAGCUAUUUGCGUUCCAACGUCAUCCCUACACUUUUCCCAGUGGCAUCUUCGCAAUCCAACGGAGAAGCUGCAGCGGCUGCUAACAAUGCUUGGCAAACCAAGUUCCAACGUAAAAUCAAGGCUUGGACUGAUAUGCGAUAUGGUACCGCUAUGAAAUUUGUUGCCCAAGUUGAGGUCAUUGGUGUGAUGGGUCGAUUGAUCCUUGGUGCUAUCACUUUCCAAAGCUCUCUGUUGGCCCCUCUGUUAUUUGCUCACUUUCUGCGUCUGCGCUUCCAUUUGUCGUCCUAUACUCGUGGCGCAUUCCGUGAUUUGAACAAUCGCAUGGAUAAGUUGUUGUUACCUCCUAACGCUCACCCCUCUAUCCCACCUGCGGUCGGCCAUGCUUACACCACUAUCAAGGGUUAUAUAAUCAAGUAUAGCCAGGCUGGAAUGCAGCAAGCCCCUCAGCCUCAACCUCAGUAAACCAACAAAAAGUAUUUCCAUUAUUAGGAUUUUUAGCGUUCUUUACUGUCUCGCUUAUUUCCCCUCUUUCACCUUUUUUUUUGUUUUGGUUACGGUUGAUGAUGUAAAUCUGUUGUUUCUUGUUUUUUUAUCUGGUACGGGAGAUGUUACCCCUCGCACCCAAAUAAUAGAU